CCCUAGUAGAAAAGCCCAAGCUAGAUUGCAGCACACGCGACCUUGGCGCAACUUGAGGCUACUUGAGAAGACUUACGAAAGAGCAACUGCCAAAAUGAGUGACAACGAAAAGGAAUUCGUCGGUCGGGAGUCCCGCUCAGCGUCUAGGAGUGUUAGCCCCAGGCGCUCUGGCAAGUCUGCCAGCCGCUCGCCAGCACACUCCCCUGCCCACUCCAAGGAGGACUCCCGCCACUCCCGCUCUAAAUCCCGCUCUCGCUCCAGGUCGAGGUCCAGGUCUCGUUCUCACCGGAGCUCCCGCCGGUACUACAGCAGGUCUCGUUCUGGCUCUCGCUCUCGCCGCCGCCGCUCACGCUCGGGGAGCCGCGAGUAUGGCCGACGCCGCAGUCACAGCCGCUCGCCCAUGUCCAACCGCCGGCGCCACAUCGGGAACCGGGCCAACCCUGACCCAAACAACUGCCUUGGCGUGUUCGGUCUGAGUCUGUACACCACGGAGAGGGACCUGCGGGAGGUGUUCUCCAAGUACGGCCCGCUGGCUGAUGUCAGCAUUGUCUACGACCAGCAGUCGCGCCGCUCCAGGGGAUUCGCCUUCGUCUACUUUGAGAACAAUGAGGAUUCCAGAGAGGCAAAGGAGCGUGCCAAUGGAAUGGAGUUAGAUGGUCGCAGGAUCAGGGUUGACUACUCAAUCACAAAAAGACCUCACACCCCCACCCCUGGGAUCUACAUGGGAAGGCCCACAUAUGGUGCCCCCAGCAUGUCGUCGUCUUCUCGUUCUUCGCGAUCUUCACGCGAGUAUGACCGUAUGACAUCGGGGCAAUUUAACGGAGAAUACUACAGAUCUUAUAGACGGAAGUCCCCAUCUCCUUAUUACGGCCGAGGGGCUUACAGAUCCCGCUCUCGCUCGCGUUCUUACUCUCCCCGUCAUUACUGAAAGAAAGGAUAAUGUGGUGAUCGUUACUUUACCCAGAAAGGAUCAGUGGUGGUCUGUGACUUUUGGUGUUAGGUUUCAUUCUUUAACUUUAUGCUAUCGUUUUAUGUAUCCGAGUAUGCGCAUGUAGUUCCGGUCGUGACAUCAGAAGUGAAUUGCUGAUUUUUUUUGCACUCGAUGUCUCAUGGAACUGGUUUCCCUUUGUAAUGUAAGGCUUCUGUGAAGGUGUAGAGAGCACACAACCUACAGCUCUCCCGUUUGUAAUGUGUAUAUAUUUCAUGUAGCCUGUAUUCACAAAAUAAACUGCGUCUUUACACGUUUUA